GCACGGCGGCAGUCCAGGACCGGCGGCGGCCCCUGUGAGUCCGGCGGUGUCUGCUGUCCGUACCGACCCAGCUGCCAUGAAGUCUGACGGUGUGCGCGCAGGGGAGAGCGGCCGGCGCGGCCGGCGCGUGGCCUCCUACCUGGCCCAGCUGCGCCAGCUGGUGCCGCUGGUGCCCCCCGACCGGCCCGUCUCGCAGCUGGAGGUGAUCCGGCACGUCAUCGACUACAUCGGCCAGCUGGAGCGGCAGCUGGAGACGAGGGCGCCGCCCGCCAAGCGCCGCCAGCCGCUCCGGGAGGUCACCGAAAACACGGCGACCGACACGACCGCCAGUCUGCCGCUCAAACAGGUGCCGCCUAGAGGUUUGGUGUAAAGCGGCCGGUUCGUGUUGCUCCCACUAGUCACAGGCCGGGGGAGGUGUGACCGGGCAUCGGCCAGUCUGAGCCAGGCUGACAGGUCAGGGCCGCGACCCGAGGUCACCCGGCGGCACAGGAUGGUGCCACGUCUCGAAUACGGCCAUCAGAAAAAGCUGACGAGAGAGAAGGAGUCGGGCUCAAUGAAAAAUUCCGCCGGUAACAUUAAUAAUGGCAUUCCCCGCGUGAGGAGCUCCAAGCGACGCGUUGCAGAAUCUCGAGCCCGCCGCGAUGAGGUCACGCAGGUGCCGACGACGUCCCUGGUCCGUCGGCGAUCGCAGAGCGGACUGCAUCGUUAGCCCCGGCUCGGAGUGUGGCGCCGCAACGCCGACCUCUUCAGGCCCCCACCUCCUGUGAGCCGUAGACCCGCCGCCCUGGACCGACGGCCCGUGCUAAUGACCACGAGGUCACAGCGAAGCCAGCAGACAGGGGCCUGCUGUAUGUGAUAUUCCCACUGUAUGUUGUGCCCGUAUUUGUGCGUGUUCUUAGUGUUGACUUAGCAGCGAUGGUUGGCUUUGUUGCAUCGUGCUGCCGGUCAGCACCAGCCCUGUUUUGUGCGGAAGUCACCGUUAAUGCUAGCGCUACAUUCCACAACGUCACAAACACGUGUUUAACGGAGAGCGCACGCUCAGCGUAUAUGUGUUUGUCACGUGCAUUAAACGUGCUAGAGGUGUAGAUGCUAAUCCUUAGUUGUGCUAUGUACCAAGCCGAAGAAGCUAAGUUGUUCGACUUCAGUCCUCGGGCACACUGGAGUUUCGAUCAGUCCCCUCUUUGUUACAAUGAGCUUAGAUUGUUCUCGGAGUGAUGUGUCAGUGCAUAUGAAAUGAAUCUCAAAGCACCCACGAGAAAGUAGAUACUUGUGAGUAGGUUGCCAGGUAGUGCAGGGAGGUAACUUACAACGCUUGUUUGCAUUGUUUUUUGAACUGGUUACACUUGGAUCUGACUUUGUAGUCAUAUCUGUGCAAAUAUACCAAAGAGCUGA